CGGCCAGGCAGGCUCAGCCAAGUUCUGGACUCUGGUCCAGCAGGCUGGCAAGUUGUUGAGCAGGGAUUCUGUAGCAAAAUGAAUCAGCUUUGAAGAGGCCAGAGUGCGCAGGGCUUGCUAUCUGAAAGUUUAGCAAGCUCUACUGAAGAAGGAAUUCCAAUCGCAGAGAUGCUGCGCAUCUGUGGCGCUGCCAGGUGCAGGCCGCAGCAGGCGCAAGCUGCCUUCUGUAGCUGCGUCCUGCCACUUCUAAUUGAACCAGCACAGCGUGUAAAGCAAGAAAAGUUGGGGUUAUGGCGGAACUCUGGAAAUGUUUCCAAAAAUGAGUUGAAUGUGGGUGCUGCAAGUCAUAAAAUGCCAGCUGGUGACAGAUGGUUGGCACAGGGAGUGAGGGGUUAUGCAGCUUCUGCCACUACAGUGGAAGAACCAGACUCAGCGGAAGAGUUCUAUGCGCGCGCAUCCGAGCUCCUUCGACAGGUGGAGGAUGCUGCAGAGACGACGGGGCAGCGGGCAGAGGAAAAUGACGAGCUGAGGGGGAAGCUUGAGGAAGCGGCCGAGUGCCUCGAGAUCAGCCUGGGCGAGGGGCGCAGCGACCCACGGGCUCUGUUUGCGCUCUCGCAACUGCACGAAAAGUACGACCUGCCAGGCUUCUCUGCUGACAGGGCUCUCAGCCUUCUCUACCAUGCUGCCAAGGCUGGUUCUGCGGAGGCGCAAUACGAGCUGGCGUCUAGACUUCGAUUACAAGACGAGGAGGGAGACCCGGGCGGAGGGCGCUCUCAACUAUUGCUGACGGAGGCAGCGGCUCAGGGUCAUACAGACGCGAUGUUUCUCCUCGGGGCGGCAGAACUUCGUGCGCAAGCGGAGGGCGGUCAUGGAGCGGCAUCCGCCAAGCAGUGGUUCAAGCGAGCGGCGGAUCUGGGUCACGUGCCUGCCGCUAGCAUCUACGGAGUGCUUCUUUUGAAAGAUUCUCCCGAGCCCGCCUCCAGACAAGAAGCAAAGAGGUAUUUGGAUUUUGCCGCUGGGCGAGGUGAAGCUCUGGCUGCCGAUUGGCUGACCAGCAUCAAAACGUCAUGAUGCGAAAGAUACAACGGGCGCGUAUGGGCGAGCCCGAGGUCCUUAGUAAUUGAAAAUACUCUCGACAUGAAGUCCCAGUGCAAAUUAUGACUCCAUUCCAAGCAAGGACAUCUGCAAAGCCGGGGCCUUUUAAAGAGCAUGCAGAAUGGAGCCGACAACUUAACACGCAUGUUUCACUGCAACUACCGAUUUACAGAUGCAAAAGGAGUCAGCCCGGUCAAGGCGGCAAGCCCGAC